GAUCAGCAUUGUGAGAGCUGAAGAGAGACUUCUCCCAGCGCUUCGCCAUAGGCAGAGGAACGUUCAUCCCCGUUUUCAUACUGUGCAUGAUGACUUCCGGCGUCCAAGUAUACGUUUCUCCAUCACUGGGCCAUCGUGUCACCGGAAUAAGUGAACCAAGCGUCGGUGACCUUGCCGCACAACUUGACUUGCUUUCCCUUCGACGACCGGAGACCGUUGACGUGCCGCUCAAUGUUGCCCGAAGACGGGACAAUCUCCCUCCGGUGCUUCCCGACUAUUUCGUGGAGGAGGACCUGGGCAAGUCUGGGCAGGCUCAUCUGUGGCGGGGCGAGCAUAAACCCACGCAAACAAAAGUGGCAAUCAAGGUCUUACAAGCACAAAAACGUUUUGAACAUCUUUGACGUCGUCCCAGGGAUCGGAAUCAUCGUUACGCCUUUCAUGUUUCAUGGUGAUCUGGUCAAAUACAUCAGCGACUGCUUCCCUGGCCCUAUGGAACCGCGGGUGCGGGAAGCACGGCGCAUGGCGCUGGGCAUCGCGGAGGGACUCGCCUGGAUCCACGAGAAGGGUGUCGCCCAUCGCGACAUGAAGCCGAGCAACGUCCUCGUCGACGAUGCGGGAAACCCUGUCGUCUGCGAUCUGGGUCUCGCCAAAGGGCACGAAGAUAAGCUGCUGCAAUACGCUCUUAUGUCGGGGGCCCCUGGCCGGCUGAUUGGCACUUAUUGUUAUCUGGCUCCUGAGAUCCUUCGUGGAAGCCCCAUGUUUGUGGAGCAACACGGUGAGACCAACGGGUCGCGGGUUCUGUACAGCAACGCCAUUGACGCGUUCGCUUUUGCUGUCAUUGUGUGGAAUAUGCUGUCCAAGGUGCGAGGGUAGACGAAUCGCUUUGUUCAGAGGUGUCGCUAAGGGUUUUGUAGGACUGCUUUGUAGGCAGAAGCCUAGCGGCCCAUAUAAAA